UUGUUGUUGUGUUGUGGUGUGUCAAGUCAAGAAAGAAUCAAGAUGGUCAACGUCAACGUCAAGUCUACUGAAGAAGCUGACUGCUGAAGUCGUUGUCGAGUCGAUGGUUCUUGGUUCUCGUCGCUCGAAACCUACCGAAGUCAAUAUUUUUUUUGUCAGUGCGAGUGCACAAUUUUACUAGGCUGCAAGUAAUAUUUUUAUUUUUAAGAAACGAUCGGUAAUUGAAUCGUGUGAAAUUGAUACAUUUUCAACUUCAAAAACAAUUUAGUUAGCCUACUUAACUUUCUUAUGAUAUUAGGCCUACCAAUCAAGCAAGAGGACUGUUUUCCUUGUAACAUUUCAUCAUUUUUAUUUUCUCAUUUUAUGCUUAUGCUUCAUCUGGCCUAAUUUUUAAGAGCUGUUACCUACAUACGAACCUGAAAGUAGAACUUGUUGCCUUCUCCUGAUCAAGAGCUGAGAAAAGAUUAAAUAAUCUUUUGUAAAUUUUAUCAAAUAAUGACCUGUCCAGAUAUAAAGGAUUUGUUUAGUAAAACCAGGGUUGUUGGAAGAUGGAAUCUGUUUUGUGUGGCUCUAUACUUCCCAUUUGGUUUAAUAGUAGCCCUUAUUCGAGUAUUUAUAUCUCUCCAAGCACUAUUGUUAGCCCACCUGUUGCUGAUUCCAGAAUUGUCAACAAUAAGAAGAUAUGUGCUUCGUGUGAUGGGACUAGUGUUGGGUAUUUUUGUUUUGGAAGAAAAUCCACCAGCAAGAGAUAAGAAUACUAGAUUGUUGGUAGCAAAUCAUAUCUCCAUCGUUGAUCAUAUUCCAAUCCAUUUAGUCACUGGUUGUUUUUCGCCAAGCCAGUGGGAGGUGUGGCCAUUGUGUCUGAAAGUGUUUGAGGGUUCCCCAGACAAGCAUACAUUAGCAUCCAACCUUAAACUUCACCUGCAGCAGACUACCAAAGUACCUUUAUUGUUGCUCCCUGAGGAGACAACUACCAGUGGCAGUUGUGCUUUGCUGAGGUUCUCACCUCUGUGUGCCAAUGUAGCUGCAUCAGUACAGCCUGUAUGUCUCAAGGCAUGGCGACCCUUCCACAUCACCACCACUACCUUAGCAGCUUCUUUUUCUACUGAUCUAUUCUGGUUUCUUUUUUCACCUGUUACGGUCUUUAGAAUCAGGUAUUUGCCAGUAAUUCAUCGCCUAGAGAAUGAGACUGAUGAAGAAAUGGCAGACAGAAUUGCUCAAGCCGUAGCCAAGGAUUUGGGAAUUGUCACAACUAAGUUUUCUGCCAAAGACAAGCAAGAGUAUGAGAAGCGUUACUUGGUGGAGGUGAGCAGAAGCAAGACUGGCCAACAGACGGCCAGAGUCAGCUAUGAGCUGCAGCGCAUGGCCUCACAGGUGGCAGAGGUGCUGCCUUAUGUACCUUACGAGGCCAUCAUCAGAGACUUGAGUAGAACUCGCAGUGUGGAUCUAACCAUCUCCAACAUACUAGAGGGCUCAGUCCGAUUCACACCUGUGCCACCUGAACAGAGGGCCAGCACUAGCAGAUCUGCCUCUGCAGCAGGAUCAUGGAGUGAAGGAAGCAGUUCGUCUUUCCCUCGGUCAGCUCAGGAUCGGAUGAUGUCAUUUGUGGAGCGCAAAGCUCGUCUUAUUGAAGAGGCUCGCAAGCGUUACAUGGAGAAACACGGCCUUGUCGACUCUCAAUAGACUGUAAACAAAAAAAAAAAUGCUAUUGAGAUGUCAUUAUCCGAAUAGAGAAUAUGUCCCCAAGAAAACAGACUGUCUGAGGAAAAUUGUUAUCAGCGUUACAUUACAUUAUAAGUGAAGGUAAUUGCUUUGUACACAACUUUUUCAGUUAAUUAAUACCUCUCGAACAUACUUAUUUUAUGUAAAUACUUAUUUUAUGUAGCUCAAUGUAAGGUACCAUAAUUAGAAUAAACCCUUUCCAUUUUUCUUAAUAAACUAUUAGGUGCAACAUUAAGAACCUAGGCAAUGCAAUCAUUUUUAAUAUAUUAGUUAAAACCUCUUGAUUUAAUAUUUUGCGCUUGUGAAAAGAUCUACCAUACUGCCUUUACAUGUUUGGGAUUGAGUUUCUUAAAAGUUUUUUUCCAUUGUGAUCCAACUUUAUUGGAUUGGUUUAUUGGUUAUUGUUUUCAACAUUUUCACGCAACUGCAGAUUUACCGACUCUUCAUUAAUUUUCAAUAGGGGACAUGGUCAACAACUGUUUUCUGGUUGCACAUGCUGUGUGUCAGAGUUCUCGUAACCAGUUGAACCUGUCUAUUCAUGAACAUGUUGUGUCCUAGUAUUUUCAUCUAAUUUCAAGGUGACAAGCUUAUUAAUUUUUUGGAAAUUUCAGAAUGAAAUUAUUUAUAAUUAUCUUUUUAAGCAUUAUUUAUCAGCAAUAAUUGUAAUUUUCCAAUUCUGUCGGCUUUGGUUCAGCCCUUCCAUUUUGUAUCAACAUUUAUACCAAAAUGACCACUUUCAAGCCCUGUCCUGCAUUAUUUGUCAGAAUCAUUUACCAACCAUACAUUUCAAUUCAUAAUUUAGUGCCUAAUCCAAUAAAAAUAAAAUUUUGGAUUUUAUUUUGUUUUAUAUUAAUAAAGUUUUGGAUUUUAAGGGUGUAACAUAGAGCACAAGGGCCUAGGUUUUUUUGGGAUUUUUUUAGGAUAUAGUGAAAAGUGUUGUGUCUCUUGUGCCAGUUUGGACUCUUUCCCAAUCAGGUAAGCCUGCUAUCCUCACAAAAAAUCCAAAAAAUUUAGAUUUAACUAUGAUCAAUCAGCUAACAAAAAUAAAUGAAAUACUGUAUCAUACGUUAAAAAAAGUAAUACUAUUGUCUGGGUUAGGCCAAAAAUCAAGACAUACAAAUGAAGGAUUAUUUUAUACCUGUAAAAAUUAAAUCCAUACCGGUAUAUAAUUUUUCUACUAAAAUUAUAUGUAGCUACUCACUACUCUGUAUAAAACCAUCGAGUUUUGUAUAUUGAAGAAGACAUCCCAUCUAUAUGGAACAGUUGUCGCAAAAUUUUUAUAAAAAAGGGCCUAGUGAGUGAGCCAGUCUCAGAUUGCGCCUGUAUCUAGAAUUCUAUUCUUAUUUUUUGUAACAGAUAGUUAACAUGACAUGAAAGAUGCUAGAAUGUACAAUGAGUUUGACUUUGUUAAAAAGUCUGUAACAGAAAUCAGUAGGCCUAAUUUACAUUAGCAUAAUUGUAAUCUGUUGGUGUCUCACUCCAACUUCGUCCAUUUUCAUUUAAAAACCGGCAACAGUUUUGACAUGGGGAUGGAAUGUCUAAUUCUAAGGUCAAAGUUAUAACCCAUAAGUUCUCGAGUUUAUUUGAUUAUUAGACUAGAUCUGGAACUGUGAUUAUCUCUAAUUCAAAACUUAGUAUGUUUACUACUAUCAACAUAGUUCACCUCAUAUAUUCAAGCUUUUGUAUAUUUUCUUGUACAUAUUUACCAUGUGUUAAGAGUUUGGGACUUCUCUGUUGACCAAAAUAUUUACAGUGUUCACCAUACAAUGGGUGGGGAAGUUAAAACACAGGUGUUACUCCAAAAUAAUCAUUAUUUGUCUUUGUUCGGAAUAGAUAGCUUUUAGUCAACCAACCAUCACUCUUCAAAAACAUUAACUAAGAUACUAUCACAGGCGCCACAUUUUGAAGGCUAAACCCUGUUUGUAAUACAUCCAGUGUUAUUCAUAGCUGCGUGGCUUUUCCAUGAUAAAUAUUAGAAACAUUUGUUGCUUUAAACACUUUCAAUGCUCACACCUUUUUCAAAAGUGAUACAAAUUUGUGUCCCCCCCCCCCUCAAAUAAGUUACCUCCUAAAACUGAAUAACUGCUCUAAAUUUUCUUCUGUUCGUAUUUUGAUUACUUUUGCAUUCAUCUCUGUGAUUACUGUAUCCUAAAUUAUUUUUAGUGAAUUUUAUAAAAACAUUAUUAGGCCUAUAGGCAGCAUCCCAUAAUCAAUGAAAAUCAUGUUUUAUGACAAGUUAUAUGUUCAUAUGUUUUAUGUACAUAUUUAAGAUGACGUGUGGAAAGGAAUUAGUACAGUGGUUGCAGUGAAUUUGAUUGUAAUAAGCUCCACUCUUAGCAUUAGCGGAUUAUUUAUGCUUUUGUAAACAAGAGUAUGGUAAUUAAUCAUUUUGAAGAAAGUUACUUUCAAAUCGGUAAAAUAAAGGAUGUUUCAGGUUCAUAUUUUGUCGUUUUAGCUCUUGUUACAUUUUUGUGUGUAAAUAACAUAAUAUUGAAAACUAGCAAAAUUCAUGGUAAGGGGUCAAUAAUGUUAAUUUUAAACACAACUUGGACACAAAUUAAACUAUCACCGGAUUUAAGAUUUUUAGAUUAAGGUUAAGAAGAAAUUGAGAACCUUGUCUUGUGGAGGUCUGUGAGAUUCAUAAUCAAAGGGAAAUACGUUUUAAGGGUUAGUGAGUUUAAAAGGUACCUAAAACAAAAAUUCAUGUAAAAUAUAAGGUCCUAAGAUGAUGUUAGCAUGACAUAAGUUAAUGUUACAAAAACAAAAUCAGGAUGCUAGCCAGAAACAGGUACAUUUUGUACAAGAACCAAGAGGUGGGUGAUACCCUAGAAGUCAAGCAGUGUUUUGCCAUCUUACUGUAUUUGACUUAAAUCAGUCAAUUGAAUUGUUCCACAAUAGGACCUAAAACCUAUUCAACAUUCGAUACAGCAAUCUAUAAAAACGGUGUUCAGGAUGGUAUUUCAUAAUUUAAAAAUCUCAGAUGUAUGGGACAGACUUACUAAUUAAAUGUAUCUAGCAAAUAGUCACUGCUUCCAUGAAAGAAAAUGUUUUUUUUGAACUAAAAGUAGCCAAUAUUUUUUUAUAUUUUUUUAUUGUACCUUGCAUUAUUACAUAUCGUACUGUUCUACAGUAUAACUUUGUUUUGUAUGCAUACAAACAGAGAGGUUACUGUAACUAUUUAGAUGUCCUAGUUUUAUGUUAGUUGAUACAGUGCUAGAUUGAAAAUAUUGGUUUUGUUUGCACUAAAAAUCCAGACACUAAUGAUAAUAACAAAAAGUAUUCUAAUAUAACAAAAACUGUGAAAGUGAAAAAUCUACAAAAACUGUUGCAAUCGCAUGUAGCUAUAGAUGUAUUAAAUACAAUUAUUUGUCUCUCCUAAUUUUAUUAGUGUAAAUUGAUACAUCAGUCAAGCAUAGCCUACAUAUGGCAAUAAAUGCUGUUGCUGUUAGGCAAUAAAAUUGAUAAGUUCAUGUUUGGAUAUUGACUACCUUUGUGUUUUAUGAUGAUAAAUAUUUAAAGUGUUACAUUUUUCUACUUUCUGUGUAAAAGUAUGAAAAUUGCAAGUAUUUCAUUCAUUAUUUCAGUUUAGAAAUUAGGAAAUUCCUCGCAAUUAUACUUGUGGUGGUUUUGUUGUAAUGUAGACUAAGUUAUUGAGUGGCAGAUGCAGUUCCAGCACCCCUUUUCCCAGAAAUCAACCUUACUCCUAAAUUGUGUGACUUAUUAAGAUUUUACCUAUAAUUAGCUUUUAAUAUAUUUAAGAUUGUUACUGUACAUAAAUAAUUUAUAAAUAAAUUCAAAUACAUAUUUAGUUUUUAAA